UGUGCUGAUUUUUUUGAUGAUUGCUCCGUUGCUUUUUUUUUGGCGGAGAAGCAAGUUCAGAUUGAGGAGAAGAGCAAUACAAGGCCGUUCUAUCACUUUUCCUGAGGACCAGACCUACAGAGAGGUGUUGCCUAUACUUGAAGUCUGGUGGAUUCUUCUUAUUGUAGUGUUUGGUGGCUGAUUAUUGUGCCGCCAUGGCGUUUGAUUUGGACCAAUGGAUCGACAUUGCGAAGGAGUGCAAGUAUCUACCUGAAAAUGACCUUAGGAAGUUGUGCGAGUACGUGUGUGACCUUCUGUUGGAGGAGGGCAACGUUCAGCCAGUAUCCACUCCAGUCACGAUAUGUGGUGACAUUCACGGACAGUUCUAUGAUCUAGAAGAGCUCUUCAGAGUUGGUGGUGCUGUACCCGAUACAUCGUAUAUAUUUAUGGGUGAUUUUGUAGAUAGAGGCCACUACAGCCUGGAGACACUAACUAGACUACUUACUUUGAAGGCCAAGUAUCCUGAUCGCAUCACAUUGCUACGCGGUAACCAUGAAAGUAGGCAAAUCACCCACGUCUAUGGCUUCUAUGAUGAGUGCCUGAAGAAGUAUGGCAAUGCCAACGCAUGGAUUUACUGUUGUAGAGUGUUUGAUCUGCUCACGGUGGCAGCUAUUGUAGACGAGGAGAUCCUCUGUGUUCAUGGUGGUCUGUCUCCAUUUGUCAAGACUCUAGAUCAGGUUCGAACCAUUGAACGAUGCAUGGAGAUUCCCCAUCAAGGUGCAUUCUGCGAUCUGGUGUGGUCAGAUCCUGACGACGUAGACACAUGGGCUGUUAGUCCCCGUGGCGCUGGCUGGCUAUUUGGUGGCAAGGUCACAGAUGAGUUUGUUCAUAUCAACAACAUUGGUCUGAUUUGCCGCGCACAUCAGCUGGUGAACCAGGGGUAUCGCUUCAUGUUUGACGACAAGCUCAUCACCGUCUGGUCUGCACCCAACUACUGCUACCGGUGCGGCAACGUCGCGUCCAUCCUGGAAUGUGAGACCACCACCAAGUACGAGCCGAAAGUCUUCCGCGCUGUUCCGGCCAGCGAGCGGCGAACACCGAAUCGCGUUGUGACGCCCUAUUUCUUAUGAAGCAUCUUCUCAUAGUGUUAGCCAUCGUCGUAUGGUGAUCUGCUCUCUCUGUCUUACGGUGUGAGCAUCGUAUGACCGCGUAACUAAGACAGUGGCAGUUAUUUUUUCUGACUGUAGACGUGUUUUCAAUGCCCUGUAGGCCAUGAUCUGCUAGCAACUAGCCACACAACUUAUAGGUUUCUCUGCCGUGUUUGACACACGCUUGGUAUUAUAGUUAUGGUGCCGUUCUGCUGCUUCUAGUGUACUUGUUGGUACACGCUCCGAGAGCUUCUGUCCCCCCCUCUCUCUCUCUCUCUCCUUGGCGGUCAUGUCGCACUGAGCAGUGUCCUUGUCAGCAUUGGUGUUGCCUUCGCCUUGUCUACUAGUAUUUGGUGAGUUCUCGAUUCGGAGCUCAGUCACAAUUGGCCAUGUGCAAUGUAACUCGACCUUUUUUUCUUGCCCCAGUACCUCCGGACUAUAGGCAAACAGCUGAGCUGUUGUUAUUAAUAUUAUUGUCCUGUUCUUGUUUUCAGUUCUUUCAUCUUUUGGUAUUGUUGUUGUACAUUGCUAAUCUUGAUUAUCAGCUAAGAAUUAGCAUGCUUUUAUGUUCUCACUAUCAUCAUUGUAGCAUGGCUUGUAACUUGUUUCAUUUCUUGACAUAUUUACACGAAACGGGAUAAUUCUACAUAUUGCUCUGCUUUCUUCUUUUAUUUUGCGCCAUAAAAAUGCUACACAACGCGUACUUUUAUUUGCAUACAAACUCGCUACGUGCAUCGGCCUACUCCAAGCAUAGACUCAGACCUGAUAAUGUCCAACCAGCA